AUGGCGUACUGCCGUUUAGUAUUUUCACUUUUAGUGUUAAGUGUAGUCCAAAGUUACGCGUCUCAAGUACCAGUGUUCCUAUGGGGUGAUUUAGCGAAGACAACAUCGGAAUCUAACCCCUUGGCUGCGGUAAACGCUGAGGAAUUCGCUAAUACCUUGCACCAGAAGUUGCAAGGUGAUCUUUUUACAGUUAUAUUUAUGGAAGAGACCCUAUCAGUAGAGGAUUUUUCACGGAAGACUGCGGACGGCGAAUCACCCUUCCCUUAUUUGCGCGCCAAUAUUGAUGAUUCGUUGUACCUACCGGCUGUUGAAAAUGCCCUCGACGUCCUCAACAAACUGGCCGAUCCUGACAAGGUAGAUCACGUUAAACUCAACGAAAAUGGGCUUUCGGCCGAAAUCGAGCCAGAGAGUGGCAAAUUCCUUUUCAUUAACCUUAAAGAUGCCCAUGAGGGUGAGUCCAGGGCGGACCUGUUGCGUCGCCACAAUGACUUCAUGGAGGACAUGUACACGAAGCUCCACAACCGCUAUGGCAAGGUCGUUGCAAUUUACACCGCUCAUUUUCCUUCUUGGACCAUCCCCGAGAGUCACCUUCGCGUCCGACGCCAGGCGGCUUCAGGCAACAGUUUCGAUUAUAAGAUGAAUGGCCUUCGACUCUACCUCAACAGGCUCUUAGUUAGCGAAGGCAACAAAACAACUUGGUUGGACAACUUGGAGAGUAGCACCACCCAGUUUGAUGAUGCAAUGAUGAGCACCACUAUGAACUUUGGAGCAGACAACUUGCAGCUUAACUUUGUUGAGAAUAAUGGAUAUUGGAGUUUUGGAACUGUCAUCCUCACGAGGGCCGGUGUGAACGAAACUCUGUACCCUGAAGUUGAGGUCUACUCCAUCAAGGGCUGGUCGUACAGGUGUGCAGAGAAUGUCACCUUCUCGACUGUAAACGAAACCGUACCGUACGCCGUUACCUUCAUAGACAUGAAAGUGCAGCCCUACUUUAGGAGCACGAACGAAUCCGAGCUGGUCUUCGGCGAGUCGCUGAACUGCGUGGGCUUCUUCUCGGUGCCGAUCUGGUCGGGACUGUUCGUGGUGUUCGUCCUCCUAGCGAUCACCUUCUACGGCAUCAUGAUGAUGCUGGACAUCCGCACGAUGGACCGCUUCGACGACCCCAAGGGGAAGACGAUCACGAUAAACACCUCGGAG